CACUUGCUAAAAUUCCAAGGUAAACUAAAACACUCCCUAUGUUACCUUUAAUCACGGGUAUCUGUGGCUUUGGCCUGCUGCAAUUAAAAAAAUCAGUGAUCUCUUUGUUCUUUGAACUCUUAGUGCGGGCUAUCCAUUUUCUAUCCUCAACUCUCAAUUUCUUUGUUCACUCUCCCAGAAACUCUAGCUAUUUGUCUGGAUACAGGAGCUGAAUCCAAAGUGGUGUGAGAGAAACCUCGUGUACCGAGGAUGGACAUCAAUCUAAGCAAAAAAGUACAUCACCCAACUAAAUUAUACCAAACUUGCUGCUUGGUCUGUUUCAUGUUGUCAUUCUCAUUGUUUAGACGUUUCUAUUCUCUUUUUCUUUUCUCAUCUGUACUUCCUUUUCCUUUUUAAAUGUGCUCCGCAUUGAACCAAAUCAAAUACCAUAUGUCAGAUAACAAGAAAAGAAUUAAUCUACUUUAUUCAUACACAUACCAUGCCUGUACAUAGUGCAGAGUAAGAAGUUUACAGACCACUUUUUGUUUAUGCAAAAAAUGGCAAAUAUAAUCUUCUAUCACUUAUAUCAAUCAAAAAUAUAAAAAUAAUACAACCAUAGUACAUAGUUAAAUAUCAGAAAGGAAAAGUAAUAUGAUAUUGAAAUUCAUCCGAAGCAUGACAACAUAAAAUUGAAAGAGUUUCUUUUUUGUGAUAACACAAAUAGAGUUUGAGUACUACUAGAUGUGAUAAUUUAACAUGGUAAUGGACAUAUUAGAGCUACAAGGUAUGUGCCAGACGUUAAUCAUGAUGAUGCACUUGUCAUCAAAUCCAAGAAGUCCUUGUCUGAUUUCUUUCAUUCUUUGUUUCCUAUCUCUAUGUGAGUAAACUUCAGUCAAAAGGGAAAAAAAAAGGGGUCAGGUUGGACCUGUCAAAGCCAAUCAUUUCAAAUUCUCAUACACUCAUUGCUUUGCUUGGAUCCAAAACCUCGAGGCCCGUGUCGCAUAUUCUAAAGCUUAAUGUGCUUCUGUCUGAAAAAGUUUAUGGUUUUGCCUUAUAUUACUAGUUUAAACAGCCAGCAGACUAAAAAUCUAAGAGACACCCCACUUAUUUUUUCUUCCAACUUUUGAUCUUGUCUUCCGUCUAACAUAUAUAAAUAACCUUGAAUGCUUAGUCUCAUUGAUUAAAUCUCAUUCCAAUUGUUUUCAAAUCAUUCUGUCUCACUUUAUCCUUCACUCCUUCCUGUCUUCCCUCUCCAAAUCAUCAUUCUGUAACAUCAUUUCCUCUCAGCAGUUUCUAUGGAGGUUGUUGAGUUAAAGGUGGAGAUGGUCUGUAUACACGAGAAAAGACUAAGGAAAUGUCUCUCAAAAUUGAAAGGGAUAGAGAAAGUGGAGGUAGACACUAACUGCCAAAAAGUAGUAGUCACUGGAUACACACACAAGAACAAAAUUCUAAAGGCAAUUAGGAGAGGGGGUCUCAAGGCUGAUUUCUGGUCUGCUCAAAAUGAGUUACUUAAUGCUUAUGUCAGUGCCAAUUAUACCAACUUGAGAUUCAACCCCUUCAGCUUCUUCUAGUUUUUAUCAUCCCCAAUUACACCAAAUUUCAUAUAUUCUUUUCUUUUGAGGCUUUCUUUUUGGACUUUAGUACCUUCUGUCUAGUGUGAGACGGUAGAUAUAUACACUACUUUGUAUUCAUUUUGCUUCUCAUUUCCAUAGAAAUCAUGACCAAUCACAAUGUCCAAGGAAUAUAGGGUGUAGUAGAGACAUAUCCAACUAAUUUUGAGGCUUUUUUGUGUUUUUACAAUUUUCAAA